AUGGAGGGUUUUGUGGAUCAUUAUCUAGUUCUAGGGUUACCCUCUGGAGAAGAAGCUCUUAAGCUUAGCGAGAAGGAGAUUACGAGAGCAUUCAAGUUGAAAGCUUUGGUCUCGCAUCCGGAUAAACGCCCAGAUGAUCCCAACGCUCAUGAUGAUUUUCAGAGGAUCAAGACAUCUUACGAGGUUCUCAAAGACGAAACAGAGCGAAAGCUGUUUGAUCAUCUUCUUCGAGUCCAGAUCGAAAAACAACGCAAGAAAUCGCAAGGAGAUUCCAAGAGGCGUAAGAUGAUGUCAGAUCUGGAUGAAAGAGAGCGUUCUGCUUCUGCUCCUAAUCAUUCUGCUACUACACCUUGCGAUGAAGAGGAGAGAAUCUCGAGGAGGCUUAAGGAGGAGGUGGAUAUGAUCCGUGCAAGACACGCUAAGAAGAGGAAACAAGAUAGAAGUGGAGCUGGAGCUAGUAGUGAGCUCGAUAAAGAGAGAAUGUUAAAGGUUUCUUGGGAGAAACAUGGUGAAGGGUAUACAGCAACAAGGCUCAAACAAGUGUUUUCAGAGUUUGGUGAGGUUAAAGAUGUUGUGACUAAGAUUACCAAGACGAAACGCUCUGCUCUUGUUGUUAUGGCUACAAAGGAUGAAGCUGUUGCAGCGACGAGAACAUUGUGUGGCCAUCUCUCUAAUCCGUUGCUAGUUGUACCUGUUCUGAGAGCAGACCAAACUGAUUUUCUGACAGCUGAAGCACAACUGCGAAGCGACAUAGUUGGUGCUGCUUAUGAUGAUCUUGAAGACGCGGUCAUGCAAAAACUGCGAAAGGCGGCUAUGAACCAGAAAUGA